UCGCGGAAGCUGCUGCCAUUGCAGUCUCCGGACUCCCCACUCCAUCAUUUAAGCACCUCCACCUUCCUACCACUUUCCACCACCGCUCUCUCUUUUCUCCACUCUCUCUCUCUCUCUCUCCUCAACUACCGUCGCAUUCACUUUCUCUCUCUAGCUCUAGCUCGCCAUGAGGCUCGUCAAGAUCACCUCCAAGGCGCUCAAGCUCAGCCCUAAGCACCUCUUCGGGUCCCGGAAGGGCCGAUCCGUCGCGUCCCGCUCCGAAACGCCUUCCUUCGGCGCCGCCUCGUCGUCCUCCUCCUCCUCGGACGAAUCCUCCUCCUCCGUCCUCAAGGGCGAGUCCCUGACCCCGACCAGCGUCCUCGGCCGCGGCGGCGGCGGCGGCGGCGGCGGCGGGGGCGGGGUCUGGGCCGGCAGCAACCUCGAGCUCGCCCGCGCGUUCGGGCUCAUCGACCGGGACGGCGACGGGAUCCUCUCGCGGAAGGAGCUCGAGGCCCUGCUCAGCCGGCUCGGCAGCCGGGACGAGGUGGCGGUGAUGCUGAGCGAGGUGGGGUGCCACGGCGAGGGGGAGGACGCCGCCGUGAGCAUCGAGGAGCUGCUGAGCCGGGUGGGUCCGGCGUGCGGGCCGGCCUGCGACGACGCCGAGCUGCGGGAGACGUUCGAGUUCUUCGACGCGGACCACGACGGGAAAAUCACGGCGGAGGAGCUCCUCGGGGUGUUCGCGGCGUUCGGGGACGAGCGGUGCACGCUCGAGGAGUGCCGCCGCAUGAUCUCGGAGGUGGACAAGAACGGGGACGGGUUCGUGUGCUUCGAGGACUUCACUCGGAUGAUGGAGCUGCCGAGAUGAUGAUGACGAUCGUAGUCAUCACCGUCGCGAUCCAAUGCAUCAUAUUAUAGAGUCGAUAAGGAUCUGAAGUCAGUCAGUCAGUCGGUCGGUAUUUCCUGCUACUGAUGAUCGUACCGUACGCCGUUGUUAUUUUUGCCUUCUUC